AUGUCCCUCCCAACACACUUCAGCCUCAACACAGGCGCCCGCAUCCCCUCCGUGGGCUUCGGCACCUGGCAAGCCAAACCCCUCGAAGUCGAGCACGCGGUCGAAGUCGCCUUGAAAUCUGGCUAUCGACACAUCGACUGCGCCGCCAUUUACCGCAACGAAAUCGAAGUCGGCAACGGCAUCAAGAAAUCGGGUGUCCCACGAGAAGAGAUUUUUGUGACGAGUAAACUGUGGAAUAAUUCGCAUGAACCCGAAGAUGUAGAAAAGGCGCUGGAUCAGACACUGCAGGAUUUGGGGGUGGGGUAUUUGGAUUUGUAUUUGAUGCAUUGGCCGGUAGCAUUCAAAAGCGGCUCCAAAUUCUUCCCCCUUGAUGCCAACGGCGUCUUCCAACUCACCUCCACCGACGUAGCAACAACCUACAACGCUAUGGAAAAGCUACUCUUAACGGGCAAAGUACGCGCAAUUGGCGUGUCAAAUUUCAACAUCAACCGUCUCGAAGAUUUGCUUAGCAAGGUCGACGUUGUACCGGCCGUGAACCAGAUCGAGGCUCAUCCGUACUUACAACAGCCUGAGCUGACGGAAUAUUGUAAGAAGAAAGGUAUCCUAGUGCAGGCUUACUCGCCUUUAGGAAACAAUCAGACUGGUGAGCCGCGCACGGUAGAUGAUGCUGUUGUUCAUGAAGUUGCGAAACAGGUCGGUAUAGAUCCGGGUGUGUGUCUGGCUAGUUGGGCGAUUCAGCGCGGGACUUUGCCUUUACCAAAGAGUGUUACACCAUCUCGUAUUGCGAGUAAUUUGCAAGUCAAACAACUGCCUGACGAGGCGUAUGCUAGAUUGUCAGGGCUCGAAAGGCAUAAGAGGUUCAAUUUCCCCGCGAGAUGGGGGUACGAUAUCUUCGAGGAAGUUGGGGAGGAGGCUGCAAGGAAGACGGGUGUUGCGGAGGGGCCGAACAAUUUGGUCAAGUUUACUAUUUAA